UGAAUGGCUGAAUAUUCUUGUCGUACAUCAAAGAAAAACGACACAUCGUAUUAGAAAGACAGAAAUAAAGGAUUUGAUCGAUUGCUGGUGGUGUGGAGGCGAAACCAUUUCUGGAUCCAUAUUUAUUUAUAAAUAAACUCCUUCCUCUCAAUAAUUUGCAGUUUGAUUUGGGUGUAUCUCGUGUGUCUGGACAUUUUUUGUACAUUCUGAAGUCAAAGUUAUUGGUAUGGCAUCUAGGCGGAACAUUAAUUAUACUCGUCUUGCCGAUGAAGACAAUGACUAUAUAGGCAAUGCAGGAGGAUCUGAUCCACGUUUCGAUUAUUCACCAGCAAGCUUGGAUGAAGUUCCAUGGAAAUCCAUUGCCCUUGCACUUUUUCUUCUCAUCAUUGGAUGUGGGCUUCUACUUCUCUCGUUCUUCAUUUUCACGGGUCACAUGGGAGGCGACAGAUCCCAAGCAUAUGGCCUUUUAGGACUCGGGGCUCUCACCUUUCUCCCAGGCUUCUACGAGACUCGAAUCGCAUAUUAUUCAUGGAGGGGUGCACAAGGCUAUCGCUAUGCAGCCAUUCCUGGUUAUUAAGGAUGUAACGUACAUGCAUUAUUCAGAAUAUAACAUACACACAUCCCUUUCAAAUUAUGUAGAUUGAUAUUGUUUUCCUAAAAUUUGAGUUUUGGAUAUGAAUAGUACAGUUCUAUGUUUCUGUUUGUUA